AUGGCCGCCCACUGCCUCCGAUACAAAACCGAGGUCUAUACUGUUACUACGGUGGUGAAAGCGUUGAUGGAGCACCACGAGGAGAUAUCCGGAGAAAUGAAGAUACACGAUGACGAGAGAGACAGAGUUCGUAGGGCGAUGAAGCAACAGCUUGCGGAGGUUGUUGCUAUCUCCAGAUCGCAGGAAGAGUUGGCCAAGAAAACAAGUAACACACUGGCGUUGUUGUUUCAUUCUGUUCAAGCAGAUUACGACCAGCAGCAGGUCGCCAAUGGUGUCGAACUUCAAAAGAUUUCUCUGGCCAAUCAAGUCGAGGUCCAGCAAACUAGAAAGGACAGCUUUGCGAUGAAGACCAUCGCCAUUAUGACCGUGUUUUUUCUACCCGGAACUAGCAUUGCGUGGGGGGUAACGAGGAAGGCGGAGACGGCGGAGACGAUGAAGAAGGCAGAGAAGAUAGUAGGCGAAGAACAGGACUCAGCGAUGGUUAAGAGUGGGAAGAAGGACCGGUGA